CGAUCUAUCCCUCGAUGUAAUCUCCCGGGCUCCGAAUCAAGGCGUGUUCCCUGUUUCCAUGUCUCACGCUCCCUCCAACAUGCUCUUACGAAGAGGUCCUUCCUUCCUCCUCUUCUCCAAACCCCAUCAUCUCUUGACCUCCUCUCCUCCAUUGAUCCUUCCUCUUCUCUCCUUCCCCCAGCAGCUUCGCUAUGCCUCCCUCCUUCAUCUUCCCGCGUGUCGGAGCAGAUUGUAUUGCUCCCACUCUCAGGCAACAGUCCCGAGCCCCAGUCAUGAACCAACUACUAACCCCCCUUCCUCCUCUUCUUCUUCUCGUGUGGCUGAUAAGAAGAGGGAGAAGUUCGUGAGGAGGGCUCUGUUCGUUCCCCCAGGAGUGGCGAGGGAGGAGGUGACAGAGGAAAUGAUCCUCCCUGGCUCCAAUAUCGUUAUCGGCCCUUACGCGGGCCACUCUCAGAUCAAACAGGUUGAGUUCGUAAAGAGCAGCAGUCGAGUUAAGGAUUGCCCAAAGGACGAUCGACCCGAGUUCGCCAUGCUCGGCCGCUCGAACGUCGGCAAGUCCUCUCUCAUCAACGCCCUAACCCGCAAGAAGGAGGUGGCACUCACCUCCAAGAAGCCAGGGAAAACUCAGCUUAUAAAUCAUUUUUUGGUGAACAAAAGCUGGUACAUUGUGGAUUUACCUGGUUACGGAUUUGCGAAUGCUCCUGAGGCUGCUCGAAUGGAUUGGUCAUCUUUCACAAAGGGUUAUUUUCUCAACAGGAACACCAUUGUUGCUGUCCUACUUUUAGUUGAUGCCAGUGUUCCACCACAAAAGAUUGAUCUUGACUGUGCCAACUGGCUUGGUCGUAACAAUAUCCCUAUGACUUUUGUCUUCACCAAAUGUGAUAAAAAGAAAAGUGGGAAGCAGCGACCUGAUGAGAACAUUAAGAAUUUUCAGGAACUAAUUCGAAAAUCAUAUAAGGAGCCUCCACCCUGGAUCAUGACUAGCAGUGUCACUGGCUUAGGCAGAGAUGAGCUACUACUUCACAUGUCGCAGCUGCGAAAUUACUGGGAUAAUUAGGGCAGACAGUGGUGGUUUCUGCAGGUCAGUGGUUUUGCACCAUUUACAUAUUGCUUCAAGCAUAUACAGAUGAAUUGACUCAUAUCAAUGGAAUGUAUACUGCAUCUGAGGGAGGACCCUUGUCCUCUAUAUUGAGCUCAAAGAAUCCACCAUUUUAAUCAUGUAAAGCGAGAUGCUUUGUCCGGAUUGGCCUCAAUCUAGGGUUAUCUGAAUGUCCAUGGUGGUGGUUAACCUCGGAAGCAGUAACCACAAUAUAUGUACCAAGUUAUGUCUCUAUUUGAGAAGUUUAUGCUUAUCAUUGCAGAAAAGGCUGAUAGUCCUUCAGAAGAGUCAAGAUGUUUGAUAUUACACCAGAAGAUUAGUUCCUCUGGACUGAUUGUGGUCGUCACGAGGUCAGAAAGCUGACAAAAGCCCUCGUUUAGAAUUUGUGACGUGUGACAAAGGUUAGAAGAGCUUAAAAUGGAAAUGGCAGCAUCGGCUUCUUCUCUAGUCUGUUCAUGUCUAGUCUGGUGCCAGUUUUAGUGGAUUCACUUACUUUGCUAUGUAAGAUGGGAUGUAAUGAAGAUUGAGGAACACAAAAUGCAACGUUUGACUAGUUUCUUAGUGUA